AAUGGCACCACAUUAAACAAUAUUGAAGAUGUAUGAUUAAAGAUGCAUUUUUCUAAGAUGGCGUCUCAAAGCGCACAUCGUUAAAGACGCAGCAUCAAUAAACUUCUAUUCAAUCAUUUUUAACCCCUUUUACUUAAAAAAAUUACUUCACAGGAAGAUUUAAAGGUGUAUCUCUACUUACAUAUCUAAAUUUACAUUUACAUUACAUAGAAUUUACACGUAAAUGAAUAACUUUGUGUGGAGGGAAACCCACCUGCUGCUGGUUAAAAUGGCCGUCAUUCUGCUGAACUUUGACCCUGGAAGCACUUAUCCGCAACUUAAAAUAGCUAACACUAACUGAUGACCUGGAACGAAGGGACAGAGGUUCUUGUAAAAUUAUUUAUAUUUAAUUAAAGGACUUGUUUUAUUCUGCUAAUUUUCAUACUUGAUGGACUUCAUACAGAAGUUCAGCCGGUCAUUAAAAUGAAUAAGGAAUAUUUUUUCUCUAAAGCAGUGGACUGGCCUGUGGGACGAGCUGUUUUUCCAGCAUUCACAGGUUCUAAAGAGAUGUGUGAAAAAAUUACAUAAUAAAGAGCCAAUCCACUAUUUAUUGCUUAGAAACCUUUACAGUUAUACAGUGAUGUCUGCUUUAUUUUAUAAUUAUGACAAUCAUCAGGUUAGUCACCCUCAGGUUCGCACACCCGUGCUUUCUCAAACCUCGGCAAGCUUUUGAGGCUGUUCUCGGGGACUUGGUAAAGAAAUAAUUCGCUAAAAUUUAAUACACAAUACACACAAACAAAAAUGGGUACAAAGACCCUCAGUCCUCAUUGUAGUGGAACAUUCAAAAACACCACAAGCCGCUUCUAAUCCUUUUGGCAAGAGUUGCUGACAUGUGCUCCCUCCCUCCAAUGAGUUUCUUUCUCUCUCUCUCUCUCUCUCUCUCUCUCUCUCUCUCUCUCUCUCUCUCUCUCUGCCUCGUGUUGUAGUAUGAUAUACAUCCCCUUCUGUCCACGCUACACACUCAGAACGGUACUGAACACACACCGAUCACUGUGGGAUUUACAGCCGGUCUAAACUGUGUGUCGAGCCCUGUUUGGAUACACCAUGACUGAACAUGACCCAGACCUGAGAGCUGUAGUGCAGGAAGUGUGGGACAACGAUAUCAAUCGCCUGAGACCUGGGACAGACUACCGCAUAUCUCUGCAAAGUAAAGCAGCUAAUCUGUCAAACCUCAACGAUGGGCAGGAAGCAGCUGGAUCUCCUUUGUUCACGUAUGUGGAUGAAAGCAUUUUUAAAAAAGAAACGUUCUUGGCUUUUAUUUCACUUCUUGAUAAUUAUGAGAGUGAUACUGGUGUACCAGAGGUCGUGACCCCGGAGGAGGAGGUGGAGAAUCACAGGUUUCUGGACUCCAUAAUGAAGACUCCUGUAAUGAAGAUUGUCCAUAAGUAUCUUGUAGAGAAGAAUCUCUCUCCACUCGACACUUCAGCGUUUAAAGAGCAGCUGCACCGCAUCUGGUUCGAGCUGUACGCCAGGAGAGGAUCCAGCAAACCAGACUCGUCAGGGUUCGAGCAUGUCUUCGUAGGUGAAACUAGAGGUGGACAUACUGUUAUCGGGUUCCACAACUGGAUUCAGUUGUACCUGCAGGAGAAGCUCGGCCACAUCGACUACAAAGGCUACAGCGUGGAAGCGAAUUCCCCAGAACCUGACGAGAACAAGCACCUCUUAGCUCUUCAGUUUAGCUGGAAGAACGGGAUCAAGCCCAAAGGGAGCAUCUUCAUUGGUGUGAGCCCGGAGUUUGAGUUCGCCCUGUACACCCUGUGUUUCAUCACCUCUCCUAACGAGCGCGUCAAAGUGUCUUUCAGUCUUUACGACGUGGAGAUUGUGUGCCAUCACUACAACCAGAAGCACAUAGGAACAACUUACCCUGUCCUCAUCAGAUACCAGGAUGUACAAAUCUUUAUGAUCAGUUUGAGGACAUCAACAUCCCGGUAUUACGAGUCCCAAAUCACGCCUGUGCCACGGAUUGAUGUAAGACUACUGCUGUGCAACUAAACAGAAUUUUCAGUCUGUAAGAAUAAACCAUGAUUUGGGUUUUAAAUGUUUAUUAACAUAAUACAGGUAUUGUUGAACUAAUCCCUUUUAUUAACCUAAAGCACCAACAAUCCUGUGUGUUACUGUAUUACAGCUCAAACAUUUAGCCUUUGGGAAAUAAAUCUAGAUCUACCUUACGAGUUCUGCUACAGUUAAUAUAUUUAUGUA